AUGAGUUCGGUGGCCAAGAAGGGCGUCCAGCAGUAUCUUUUACUGCUUCAGAAGCAUCCCUUGAGAACCAAGGCCAUCACUGCGGGAGUUCUGUCAGCAAUCAGUGAUAUAGUUUCCCAGAAGCUUUCUGGCAUUCAGAAGCUGCAGCUCAAACGCCUUAUUCUCAAAGUGCUUCUUGGAGCUCUCUAUCUUGGACCAGUUGGACAUUUCUUUCACUUGUUUCUUGAUAAGCUCUUCAAAGGGAAGAAGGACACCAAAACAGUUGCCAAGAAGGUGGUGCUGGAACAAGUAACCAUCUCUCCUUUGAACAAUUUGAUGUUCAUGAUUUACUUUGGUUUGGCGAUUGAGGGAAGAACUUGGGCCCAAGUCAAAUCCAAAAUUAAGAAGGAAUAUCCUGCUGUGCAGUACACCUCAUGGACUUUCUGGCCUAUUGUGGGAUGGAUAAAUCACCAAUAUCUGCCUCUGCAGUUGAGAGUAGUGUUCCAAAGUCUUGUUGCGUUUGGCUGGGGAAUAUUCUUGAAUCUCAAGGCCAAGUCUGCGGCUGUGGCAUUGACUAAAGGCUGA